UAGAACUCCUCCCCGAUUUGAGAAGCAGGCCAGAACCAGAGCAGUAGGGGCCGAAGAAUCUCUGAAUCAAAUCGGAGAAACGGAGCCGCUGCCGCCAUGACAUUUGCAGCCUUGGGAACGUCCGUUGUUUCUCCGGCGACGGAUGCAGAGCUCGGAAUCGGACUCGGGCUGCGUCGAUCGCGAUCAGAGCCGCUGCUGCGGUGCUCUUUCAGAGUUUCGCGGCUCGCGGCAGCUUCGCAUGGAUUGAAGGCAAGUCGAUCGAUCGGAGCCUUUCCGUUGGGUAUUUCAGGAUCGAUCCUCCCCAGCUCGAUCCGAUCGCUGAUCUUCGAGCCAGAGGAUGUCGGCCUGUUUGAUGCGGAGGAAAGCGAGGAGGAAAUCGCUGCUGGUUUUCAGGAUGAGAAUUUGUCGAAGAAGAAAGCGAAUUGGGUGCAGAGGAUCUGCGAGAUUCGGAGUCGAUGGAAGGAUUUUCGGCAGAGGAAUGGGAGGGGAGAAGCAGAGGGGGUGAAGUGGGAGGAUGAUGAUAAUGGCUGCGGAGUGAGCUACGAGUCUGAGGAGGAGCAGAAAGAAUGGGAUCGGGAGGAGUUCUCCGGGUUAUUGAACAAAGCAUCGUGGGCGGAGACUAAGCUCUUCGGGCAGCUCGCUUUCCUCUGCAACAUUGCUUAUUUCAUUCCAGAGAUCAAGGACGAUGAAUUGAGGAGAUACCAUGGGCUCCGGCUAGUAACCUCUUCGCUAGACAAGAAGCAGGAGAUUGCAAUCAAAGCCAGUCUAGAUUCAGAUUCCACCAGCGCCGCCUGGCCGGAGCGCGCGCCGCCAUCAUCAAGCCAGCAGGCAGCCCGCUCGUCCUCCGUCGCAUUCGAGAUCGCCGCAACGGCGGCAUCCUACAUCCAUGACAAAGCCAAGAGUCUGCUCUACCGAGGAUCACAAGCCACCGAUGAGAAUGAGAUUGCAGCUGAUUUUCAAUCGGGUGGGAAUUGCAGGACUUACAAGUCGAAAAUGGCGACCUAUGUCGCGGCAUCGUCGGUAACGGCGGUGGUGGCGGCGGAGGAAAAGGCGAGGCUGGAGGCUGCCAGGGAACUACAGUCUCUGCAUUCUUCGCCUUGCGAGUGGUUCGUGUGCGACGAGCCCAGCACCUGCACUCGCUGCUUCGUUAUCCAGGGAUCCGAUUCUCUGGCCUCGUGGCAAGCCAAUCUCUUCUUCGAGCCAACCAAGUUCGAAGAAACAGAGGCUCUAGUCCACCGAGGAAUCUACGAGGCAGCCAAAGGCAUCUACCUCAAACUUCUUCCCGACAUCCAGUCCCACCUCCUCACCCACGGCCCCAACGCCCGCUUCCGCUUCACCGGCCAUUCCCUCGGAGGCAGCCUCUCCCUCCUCAUCUCCCUCAUGCUCCUCUCCCGCCGCGCCAUCCCCCUCCCCUCCCUCCUCCCCAUCGUCACCUUCGGCUCCCCCGCCGUCCUCUGCUCCGGCCACCUCGCCCUACAUUCCCUCCGCCUCGACCAAACCCACAUCCUCGCCGUCAUGAUGCACCGCGACAUCGUCCCCCGCGCUUUCUCCUGCGACUACCCCAGCCACGUCGUCAAACUCCUCGGCCGCCUCAACACCUCCUUCCGCGCCCACACCUGCCUCAACGCCGACAAGCUGCUCUACUUCCCUCUCGGAAAGCAGUACAUCCUGCAGCCGGACGACGAGUUCUCUCCGCCUCACCCCUGGCUUCCGUCUGGGGCUGCGUUAUACGUGUUAGACUGCGACGGCGAUGGCCGCCGCGGGGCGCUGCGGAGGUUUUUGAACACGCCGCAUCCGCUGGAGACGCUGAGCCAUCUCAAGGCUUAUGGUUCUGAUGGAACGAUAUUGCGAGAUCAUGAUUCGGGGAACUAUCUGGUGGCUUUGAACGGGCUUCUGCGGCGGCGUACGAGGGUUCGGUCGAGGAGGCGGCGGUGGAGCCAAUGGUGCCCGCCGGAAUCGUUGCCCGUUCAUGCGUGGGUGAAACAUGAGAGCCAGGUAGGGAAGGAGAUUGCGUCCGGAGCUUGACAUGGGAUGGCAUGCGGCUAUUGUAAAUAGGCAAUUGGUUCCUCUUGGCUGGGAUGAUCUUUGUUUUGCCUGGUUGGUGUAUAUGAAUUGUAAUUUCAAUCAUGUCAUGUGGCUUUUUCAUUCUUCUU